CGUUUCACUAUAUGACGUAAUCCCUGUGAGGGCUGACAGGUCGCCGCUGCGGUAACGUUAACAACACUAACACACUCAGAGAAAAUCAGCCCGGUUAGAUACGUCUGCGCUGUUUGUUCACGUUAAUUUUUCGGCUGUAGAGACGGUUCAACAUUUGUUUACAGACACCGACCCACCGUUAUUCGUGACGUGCCUAGCAGCUGGCUAAUGUUAGCUGUUUCCUGGUCUGAGCUGCAGCCAUUUUGGGUUUUUACUGAGAAACAAGUAGCCGGCCACGGUUUGGGGAGCUUAGUAAGCUAACGCACUUUCAUCGUUUAAUAGCGCUGUUUAUCUGGUAGAAAGAGACAUUUCUCGAGAGGGAACAGACCACACAUCGAGUCAACAAUGAAUCCAGAAUAUGAUUAUUUAUUCAAGCUCCUCCUGAUUGGUGACUCUGGUGUUGGAAAGUCUUGCCUUCUUCUCCGAUUUGCAGAUGACACAUACACAGAAAGUUACAUUAGCACGAUUGGUGUGGACUUCAAAAUACGAACCAUAGAACUAGAUGGAAAGACAAUUAAACUUCAGAUUUGGGAUACAGCGGGUCAGGAGAGGUUUCGCACAAUCACGUCCAGCUACUACAGAGGUGCUCAUGGUAUCAUUGUAGUGUAUGAUGUUACAGACCAGGAGUCCUUCAACAAUGUCAAACAGUGGCUACAGGAGAUUGACCGCUAUGCAAGUGAAAAUGUCAACAAGCUGUUGGUCGGGAACAAGUGUGACCUUACGACAAAAAAAGUGGUGGAUUACACAACAGCAAAGGAGUUUGCAGACUCUCUGGGCAUUCCCUUUUUGGAAACAAGCGCCAAGAAUGCCACCAAUGUGGAGCAAGCCUUCAUGACAAUGGCUGCUGAAAUCAAAAAGAGGAUGGGCCCUGGGGCCACAGCUGGAGGAGGGGAGAAGCCCAAUGUGAAGCUGACCCCUGGCACUACUGUCAAGCCUUCAUCAGGAGGAUGCUGCUGAGAGAAACCACUUCCACUUUGAACCCCCCUGGCCGCCAUCCUGCCCUAAACUCCACUGUGUCCCAGAAAAGCCACCCCCCAACCAGACAGGACAGGGAAGACAUGAUUCACAACAUGUAUAUGGGAGAACAAGAUGUUGCCUGUAUUUGUACUGUACAUACUGUAGCCGCACUACCAAAAACAAAUAAAGCAUCCUUCUUCUCAUACUGUCCUGUUAUUGAUGACCCAGCCCUAAUCCCUCAUCCCAUCUCAGACCUCUCAGAGACUACUUUUAUUUGGCCUUCUGAAUGCAGGUUCAUGAGAGGUGUGUGUGUGUGUGUGUGUGUGUGUGUGUGUGUGUGUGUGUGUGUGUAUGUGUGCGUGUGUGUGAAUGUUUGUUUCCGCAUUCCUACAGUGGGGUUGGUAAAUGAAUCAGCUUCAUUAAAGUUUCUGUUUGAAUAGAUCUUUUCUGUUGUUUCUCUUUUUCUUCUGUGAUUAUGUUGCUGUUUAUCACCAAAUGUCUGUCAGUCUUCAUUUGAAGGUGUUUUUUAAUUAUUAUUUUUCUCACCAACCUCUGCACAGCAGUGUCUCACUGUCCAGCAUCUUAAGUCAAGUGCAACAGUAUAUGUACAUAAACAAUAUGUAUAUAUAUAUAUGUAAGAUCUGAUUUGCAAGUUCUGUAGUGUUCAAUACUUUAUGGGGAUAGUCUUGACUCUUUCUUUGCAUUAAAAUUGUGGCUGAAAACAAUUGUUUGUUGCUCAACAUGUAACACUUAAAAUAAAUAUUGUACUACCAGACUGUA